AUGGAUAACCUCGUGAAGACGUGCGCGUCGGCGUCGGCGUCGGCGCCAGGAUCAGGCCUCAAAGCCCCACGCCUCACGCGCGCGCACGCGCGCCGCUCGAAAAUCGAUUUCAUCUCAACUGAGCGUGAGCUCGCGUUGCAGUUGAUGUUUUUAUAUUGCAUUAAAAUCCGAUCGCUUGCCAAAAUUGACAUUGAUGCAGCGUUGAGUGAUUCUACAGGUCCCCUUUGGCAGCUAUCUUCCAGUCGUCUAGAGAAAAAAACCCCACCAGACUCGACACAGAUGUCCAAGGCCACAAUUCUAAAUGAAUGCAAGCUGCAAUUUGAAGUUAUAGAACGUCUCCACAGCAAGUUGCAACCAGAGCGUAUUAGCCUCCUCAAUUACGCGGCCUUGAAGACUCCGGAACGAGCUCCAAUCAGGGUGGAGAAUCCACGUAGGCAUAAUCGCAUUGUUACGAAGCCAGGAGCCACUGCAAGGGUUAAUCGGAUUUUCGUCCGAGAAUGCUCGUGUUCACCUGAUGCCAUACGCGCCCCGGUGCGUUGCGAGAAUCGAGCAGUGUUGUUGAAGUUGUCGCCAUGGGCUUACAUCAGCUGUCACAGGCACCUGGAGACACGGCAGGCCGCAGGGCCCUUCAGUGGCCCUCAAAUUCAAAGCCAACCGAACUUUCCGAAAACUUUGACAAUGGACCGAAACCAGGCAGAACCACAGCCUAACCUUGCAACCGGGCCUACCCCCUCCACAACACGCCCAGAUGCCGUUCUGGUGUCGAACGGGGAUCCCGUGCUCUUCCCUCAAGCAGGGCAUCAUCACGAGAGCCCCCAUGUUGAUGGUGGUGGCAUGGUGACGCGCCGCGGCGCCUGCGUGACACCAGCCGCCCCCCCGCCCCACUCACUUGGGCGUUGA